AUGGGUUUCUCAAUUGCCAAAGUUCUGCUACUCAGCUUGUGCCUUGCCAAUUGGGUGGCGAGUGCGACAGUUCAUUUCCCUCUUGUCUUAACUUGGGCCAAGAGGAACGUUGCUGGGUUCACCAGAGAUAUCAUUCUUAUGAACGGCCUUUACCCAGGCCCCCCGUUAGAGUUGAAUCAGGGUGACAAUGUCGUCUUCGAUGUCACCAACGAAUGUCCGUUCAACGUCACAGUGCAUUUCCAUGGAAUCGAGCAGCUCGGAACUCCAUGGUCUGAUGGAGUGCCUGGCAUGAGCCAAGUUCCCAUUCGAGAAGGACACUCAUUCCGUUAUAGAUGGACCGCUCAUCAGUACGGAUCCUACUUCUACCAUGCUCAUCAUCGCGGACAAUUGGAAGAUGGCUUGUAUGGUCCGAUAUACAUUAAGCCGGCUGCUUCGCAAGAGAAGCCCUUCCGCUUAAUCGCAAACAGCACCAACCAGCUCGAAGCAAUGCAAGCAGCCGAGGCCGUUACCAAGCCAGUCAUUGUCACAGAUUGGCGUCUUCUCAAUUCUGAGCAGGUUUGGGCGGGAGAAGAAGCCUCCGGACUCGACGCUUACUGCGCGAAUGCCUUGUUGAUCAACGGAAAAGGGUCGGUUUCCUGCUUGCCUCAGAGUCUUCUGAACAAUUUGACUGCAAGCUCCCCCUUCCUCCAGCAGGUGUUGGGAAAUGAAACUCUUACUAGCAUAGGGUGCAUUCCACCAGACAUCGUCUCAGGCCAAGGCGACUUCCCACACAAUUUCAGCGCUGUCCCUCCAUCUCUUUUCGAUGAUUGCGUCCCGUCCAAUAGCCCACACGAACUCUUUAUUGUUGACCCCGCGAAACAGUACAUAAGCUGGGAUCUGAUCAGUGCCGCGGGGGUGCUACACUGUGAAUUCUCCAUCGACGAACACGACAUGUGGGUGUAUGCUAUCGAUGGUCAAUACAUCGAGCCUGUCCGAGUCAACGCCAUCAGCAUCCCAAAUGCCAACCGGUACUCAGUCCUGGUCCCCCUCAACAAACCCCGAGGAGACUAUACGAUCCGCAUGGUCAGUGGCAGCCCACAGCAGAUUCUCAACACAACCGCCACGUUGCGGUACACGGGGCCACCGCAGCUCAACAGAACCUCCCACCCCUGGAUCACUCUCACAGGGGCGAAUGCCACAGCGGACACGAUCAUCUUGAAUGACUUUACAACCAAGCCGUUCCCGCCCGUGCAGCCCGCAGCAACCGUCGACGAUACCUACCAUUUGACGAUCGGGCGCUACAACGCCUCGUACCGGUGGACACUGGGAAAUGCCAGCUUCGACCUCGCGCUGGAAGAAUCCCGGCCUUUGCUGUUCGACCAGCAUGCGAUCCCGAGCGACUUGAUCAUUCGGACCAAGAACGGGACCUGGGUAGACUUCAUCAUGCAGGUGAACAGUGCUCCCCAGCCGGCGCAUCCUAUCCACAAGCACUCGAACAAGCAUUUUCUCAUCGGGCAGGGAACAGGGAUCUUCAAUUACUCGACAGUUGCGGAGGCAAUACAGGAGAUCCCGGAGUCGUUUAACCUGGUGAACCCUCCUCUGCGAGAUACCUCGGCUACCCUAGAUGCUGGGCCUGAGCCGGUCUGGAUGGUGACUCGGUAUCAAGUGGUGAACCCUGGGGCAUUCCUGAUGCACUGUCAUAUUCAGGUUCAUCAAAGUGGAGGAAUGGCGCUAGCGCUGCUGGAUGGCGUCGAUGAAUGGCCGACGGUUCCGCCUGCGUAUUUGCUCGACUCUGGAUUUUGA